UUCUCUCCCUGGCCUCUUCCUCAUCUCUCAUGAUCUGUAGGCGUUUUGUUCCCUCAGGAGGAUGUAUCUCGUUUGGGAGGGAGUUACGGAGAUUGUACACAUGACGGGAAGGAGGUGGGAGUCAUCAACCUUUACCCUGGGGCCUACACACAACAGGCAUGCCUGCGUUCCUGCUUCCAGCUGACAAUGGUGACAAAGUGUGGCUGUGCUCAUUACCUCUAUCCUUUACCCGACGGGGCAGAAUACUGCGACUACAGGCGGCACACAGCUUGGGGCCACUGUUACUAUCGUCUAUACAAAGAAUAUACGGAUAAUGUGCUGGGCUGCUUCAAAAUCUGUCGCAAACCUUGUCAACAGACAGAAUACUCUGUCGUAGCUGGUUAUGGAAAAUGGCCAUCUGGAAAUUCGAAGGAUUGGACGUAUCGUAUCCUAGAUCAAGAAAACGGGAAGAUAAAGUCCAACCGGAAAACCGUUGCAAAAUUAAACAUUUAUUAUCGAGAAUUAAACUACAAAACUACUAGUGAGACUCCAGCAUUUCCAGCCGAGGUGAUGCUUUCAGCUCUUGGUGGACAGUUGGGACUGUUUUUUGGUUGUUCUGUCCUCUCUUUAGCCGAAAUCCUCGAACUUUUGGUGGAUCUCACCACCGUCACCCUGCUGGUUGUCCUGGGCCGUUGCCUCGGCACCCGUGCACCGGAUCCGGCCUAGUCGUCCAGGUUCCAGCCUAGUCUGAUCGCCACGGUAACCAGGCCUAACUUUCCAGGCUUCAGACACACAAGUUCACAGGUUCAUCAGUUCUAGGAGCAGAAUUAGGUCAUGCGGCCCAUUGAGUCUACUUUGCCAUUCAAUCAUCUUUCCCUCUCAACCCCACU